UUAGAAUAAUACUUUAUAGGAACAUUGUGCUGGAGAAAUCAGUCAUAAGCCAAAGGAUGAGGGAAAUACUGCAGAAGAUAAUGUGGAUCAAAAGCAAGAAGAUAACCCUCUUAGUGGAGUCUUUUUAGAAGGUGAAAUAGAUGAAAAGGAAACAAGCCAUUGUAAAGAGUCUGUUUCCUUGCCAUGCUUUAAAUUAGCAAAGCCAAACAGUCUUGAAGAAUUUUUAAAUGAAAAAGAGAAAACAGUAUUAACCCUCCCAAAUUCAGAUAACAUAUCAAGCUCUGACCUACAUGUAAGGGAUAUCAAGAAAAAUGAAAAUGUUCCUGCCACAGAUGAUAUAAUUUUGUUGGAGGAUAAGAAAGAUAAAAAAUUGGGAGAAUUCAUGGCACGAUUUUUCAGACAGCAUCAUAAGUCUAAUGCUUGUGGAUUAAAAAAUAUCUCAAAAAAUGAAACUAAAAUUAGUCACAGGAUGACACUAAAUUUUGCUGAAACGCCAGCUGGAAAUCCUGGCAUGAAGUUUUCAGAUCUGAAAGAGCAUUUGAUAAGUGCUAUGCAAAAGAAGAAAGAAGUAGCUUUUAAGAAAUUUAAAGAAAGUGAUAAUAUUGACAAUGAAAGAGCUUCUGAUGAAGAAUGGGAUGCAUUAUAUGGGGAAUCUUCUACAGGAAGAUGUGAUUUUCCGAUAAGAGAUAUAGAAAAUAUCUAUUCUACCACAAGCAGUUCUGAAUUCAAAGAAAAUAUGAAUAAACCCUCCAGUCAAGAAGAGAGAAAUUUUGAAACUGCUGAGAGUGAGACCAAGCAUGAAAUCGUAAUUACAUCUGAGGAAAAUAAAUACAAAGCUUCAGCUCCUUCUACUAAAAUGGAAAUUGGCUCUGUAAAAGAAUGUUUGGGUAAAACAGGGAUAAUGGAUGUACAACUUACAGAAAUAGAGCAAAUCAUUGAAACACAGUUUGAUGAUGUACAAGCAUGUCAACCAAGACAAUUUAUUGAAGGUAAAACACAUAAUGCUGCAACAGCUGUACAAAAUAUAGACAAAGAAUUGAAAUGUGCUAUGGAGAAUGACAAGGAACUUGCAGUGCCAAAAAAGAGUGAAGCUAAUAGUAUUGACAAUGAGUGUGAUCCUGAUGUCUUAUAUUGUGGAUGUGUUUCUGCAAGUAAUUCUGCAAAAACCUACAAAAGAAUUAGAAAAAGCGCUGAGAAAAUGACGAAUAAUUUUAAAGACAGUGAAGUUAAAGAAACAAGCGACACCGAGGAGCCCAAGAUUAUAUUUGAAAAAUUUUGGAAAAGUGAAUCAGCUGCAUCUUCAUCUCGUCCAAAUACAGAAGACUACAUUAACAUCACUAAGAAAAGAUUUGAUGAUCCACACUGUAAUGAGAAGCAUGUUGAAGCAAACAAUGUACAAAAUGAUACAUUAAAUACUGCAUCUGUUUCUGUAGAAAGUACGUAUAAUUUUGAUCUUGAAUAUUUGUCAAGCUCUGCUAUUCCUUCAUAUCAGCCAGGUGCUGCAAGCUCAAACCACUCUUGUAGUGUUCAACCCCUGGAUGAAAAUUCAGUUGAGGUGAUUCAAAGCUCUACAAAUGCAAUGACAGAAAACACACAAGAUUUUAAUGGAGGCACUACUGGAAGUUGCAUUUUGGAUCAAGGCGAAAGAGAUAAGUUUCCAUUUAACUUUUCUCAUCCCACGGAAACACAUUUAUGGAAGAAUUAUCUUGGGUCUGGAUUAUAUAUAUCCAGCAUAGGAAAUGCACAUGUGGAACUAACUUUGAAAAAUAAAUGUGUGGAAGUAUCUGUGAAGGAUUCGCCAACCAUGUUGGGUGAUGUAUUUGCUUCUCAAGAAGUCACUGACUUGUGUUCUGGACCUUUUACUACAACUUUUGAAGAAAAAAAUGUUAAAGACCCUGCGUCUACCUCAAUCAAUGAUGACGACUCUGAUGUAGUUGUUUUGGAGAGAUCUGAAAGUGAAGAAGAGAGAGCUGUCUCUUCAUCACCAUCUUACACUGAUGACCUUCCUGUGUUUAUAGAUGACAAUACAGAUAGUUCAAAUACCUAUGAAUUUGGAGGUCCAAUUUUCACUUCCUCACCACCUUACAGAAAACGCUUUCCUGUGUUUAUAGCUAAGAAUAUAAAUGCUUCACCUUCUCACGGAACAGAAAAUCCAGCUGUUACUUCAUCACCACCUUACACAAAAGACCUUCCUGUGUGUAUAGAUGAGAAUACAGAUGGUUCGCCUUCUUACAGAACAGGAAGUCCAGCUGUCAUUUCAUCACCACCUUACACAGAAGGCUCUCCUGUGUUUAUAGAUGAGAAUACAGAUGGUUCACCUUCUUACAGAACAGGAAGUCCAGCUGUCAUUUCAUCACCACCUUACACAGAAGGCUCUCCUGUGUUUAUAGAUGAGAAUACAGAUGGUUUACCUUCUUACAGAACAGGAAGUCCAGCUGUCAGUUCAUCACCACCUUAUACUGAAGAGCAUACAGUGUGUGGUGAUAUUAUUGUUGCACCUCGACAAGUGUUUUCAGAUGAGUACCGGGCGGAAGAGGGGAAAUUUUCCGGAGAAAGUGAAAAGGACAAAUCAGUUAACUCUGUUUUAAAACGUGGAGAAGAAUAUAAGGGAAGCCCUGUUAUUUACAGUGAAGAGGAGGAGGGCAAGAUUUCAUCUGAUGAAAUUGAAAAAAAGUACAAACCAGGAAGAUGUGCAUCUCUAAGUGAAGAUGAAUAUAAUGCAGAUGAAGAGAGAGAAAUUGGCUUUAAAGAAAGUGAAGAUGACAAAUCAUUAAAUUCUACUUUACCAUGUGGAAGGAAAUAUAAUAAAGGUCCUGUUGUUCAUAGUGAUGAAGAGGAGGAGGGCGAGAUUUCAUUAGAUGAAAUUGAAAAAAAGUACAAACCAGGAAGUUGUGCAUCUCUAAGUGAAGAUGAAUGUAAUGCAGAUGAAGAGAGAGAAAUUGGGUUUAAAAAAAGAGGGAAAUAUAAUAAAGGUCCUGUUGUUCACAGUGAUGAAGAGGAGGAGGGCGAGAUUUCAUUUGAUGAAAUUGGAAAAGAAAAGUGCAAACCAGCAGGUUGUGUAUCACUAAAUGAAGAUGAAUAUAAUGCAGAUGAAGAGAGAGCAAAUGUGUUUGAAAAAAGUGAUGAAGAGGAGGAGGGCGAGAUUUCAUUUGAUGAAAUUGAAAAAAAGUACAAACCAGGAAGUUGUGCAUCUCUAAGUGAAGAUGAAUAUAAUGCUGAUGAAGAGAGAGCGAAUGUGUUUGAAAAAAGCAUCCAAGAUUAUAUUGAUGAUGAAGCUGUCUUAUCAGGAGAUGAUGAUGAGGAUGAUGAUGAAGAGGAUAUGGAGAUGGACUCUGAUGCAGAGAAGGAAUGUGUUGACAGUGAAGCUAUAGAAAAUUCAGAAAUGCUCCGAAAACAGAUAGCACCAAUGCACAUGAAACAGGUUCUUGCUGAUGAUGACAGAGCUGUAAAGUUUCUUCAGAAUAAGUUCCUAAACGAAGGAGAUUUACAUAGCACAGGUGCUCGUAAUCGGAAAUUUGUAUGGAAAAAUAAUACAAGUACUUUAGACGAGAAUUUAUGUGAAGAAUCUGAAGAUGAUGAUAGCGAUACUGAAGUUGAAGAAGCAAGGGAAAUGAUGCGUGAAAAAUUCUUGCAUGUAGAAAGGACAGAAACUGAUAAUGAAGAGAAUUUUAUUAUUGACAGUAACAAAUCUCUGAAUCUCUGCGUACUGGAAAAUACAGCAGGUCCAUCCAAUGUCAGACCAGCUGCAAAGAGACCCAGGAGCUCCAUGUUGAAUAAUGAGGAAGAUGCCCAAACAAAAAUUAAAAAAAGGAAGGUGAAGGACGAGGCUGCAUCUGGUACCAGAGCAGUUAAAAAUUGUGUGUUUCGAGCUAAUGACACCGAAACUGAAAAUAAAAUGUUAGAUGCUAAACCUCGAAGUGGAGAAUUAGAUGCUAAACGUGAUAAUCAAAAUUUAGAUGCAGGAGACUCUAAUGACUCUACUUGUGUUUUUAAUGACUUACAGUGAUAUUAUGAUUUUUACCUGUUUGAAAACGGGCUUUGGACUCUUGACACUGAGUUGUCAAAUAUUUGGCAUCACUGGGAGAAAAUGAGAUGUGUUUUCAACUUUAUAAUAUCUACAUACAUUUUAAGAUGGUUUUUUACAUUUAAGAUAGUUUUUUUACAUUUCUAAAUUUUAUUUUUUAUUAAUGAGAUUUAAUGAGAUGCAGCAGACAUAUAUUUCUUUUAAUAUAUGUUUAGCUUUCUGCCAUAACUUUUGAUAUUGUCAAAUAAAUGAGAAGGUUAAAAUGUCGAACUUUGUGUUUACUGAAGAUUUAUUUCAUUAUACUGAAAGAUAAAUUUUUGAAUUUCAUUUGUAAAUUUGUUCAUUGUAUUUGUAUACUGAAUAAAAGUUCUUCGAACUAAUA